AUGAUGGUAGCGUUUUCUGCAGAGAGGCAAAACAGCGAGUGGCGGCCGGCAGCCAAGGCAGGGCUAAGACUAACUGGAGAGACACGCGUACUGGUUGUACUUAACGUCACGUGCUGGUAUUACCAGGCAGUAUGUCGUGCAAAGCUAACGCAUCUCGUUGUCCUGGUACGCGAACGUUACUUUUCAGGCUGUCUGAUGCUGCGCAUGGGAGAACAUUACGUUGCAUCAGCGAUUGGUGAUUAUGGGGAGUUUUGUGUCAAGCAGUUGGUGCAGUUAGCCCUUAUGCAAAAGCAAACAAACUGCAUAUACCAGGCUUGCGUGGGAUCCUCCUUCUGGUGUCAACGCCACAUGCUGCUAUUGCCAGGAGGGAUAGAGAGCGCCAUAUUGCAGACGUUGGCGGUUGAAUUGUUGCUGUGCCAUGUGCGCAGCGCAGUAUGGUGCCUGAGGAAUCAGACUUUAUGCGGUGUUUUGUCUCAACCAGUUCGGGACAUUAGCGCUUAG